AUGAAGGAAAUGGGCCCGGGUGCAUGGUGGGAGACGAUCGAUAAUGUUUGUGGGUUCCACAACUGGCGCAAGAUGGUCGAACUUGAGAACAUGUUGCUGCAUCAGAUGCUGGAAGUGAUACCAGAAGCCAUCGCCCACCACGAAGAUUUUUGCAAGUUCACGAGUGGUCUGCUUGCACAAUGUCCUGCAGACGUUUCAGCUUGGAGGACGAUGCUGGAGGAGUGGGAGGUGGAUCAUUCAAAGCCAGAUCCAUAUGUGUUACCCAAGAGCACUGUCACACUUGCCGAAGUGCAUUUGAAGCUGGCGAAGGAGGAGCAGGCGCGUGUUCAGGCAAUGCAAGAUGCGCAGUUGGAUGUGAGCCCCGGCACCUUCUUGCUAGGUGAUCAUCAUAGUGCCGACAGCGAUACGGCUUUGCACGAAGGUCUCCGAGCAUUUGCGAUGGAGCACGCUGCAAUGGAGAGGAACCUUGCUGCGAAUUUUGACUCCAAGUGGACCGUUGUAUGGCAACGCAUGCAAACCAUCCUUCGCGACCUCAAUACUGCUGUGCAGGUGCUUGAUUCGUCCUUGGAUGCUGCAAGUGAGCAGGACAAUGACAUCGAGUCUGAAGCUGUCGACCUGGAUGCUGAGAUUGAUUGUAACGUAGAGCUUGACGUCGACCUCGGACUUGAUGAAGAUCUGGAGAACGAUGUGGACCCUGUAUAA